AUGCAACCGCUUGAAGGGGCCUUCGACCACUCCAAAAGCCUGGCCGCACUGCCUGCUUCCCCGCGCCCACCGGGCGGCGAAUGCGGCAACAUGUGGAGAGGCUUCGACAGCAGAGAAGUAUUGACUCUCAUCUUACAGACACUUGACGAAAUGGGGUACAGAGACAUCGUCGCCUCACUCGAGAAGGCAAGCGGAGUUGAGCUGCUUCAGCCUGACAUGCGCAAGCUGCGAGGGAGUAUUCUAGAAGGGAACUGGCUAGAGGCUGGCAGGGCUCUGCUUCGCCUGCCCCUCGAGCCGCUCACUAGGCAGGGUUGCUGGUUUUUGCUUAUGCAACACAAGUUCCUGGAGACAAUUGUAGACCCUGGCACUUCUUUAGACGCAAGAAUCACGUGUCUAAGAAGUGAGGAGAACACCACGGCCGUUCUGCCAAAUUCCGGCUCUCGCUUGCCUUUUCUGACCGAUCCAUUUGCUCGCCGAGUAAGCCUCUUCGAGUGCUUCUUUCGUGUGCAUCCUGUGUGCGCAGAUGACUUGAGUGUGGCGGCUUUCGACGCUGCAACGACGGAGAGGGUCCACGAGUGUGCGGCGCUGUUGAUGUAUGAAGGCAGUGACCUCCUGGCGCAUGUCCUGCAGAUAUCUAGCUUGAGCAGGAGUCAGCUGUUUAGCCGCAUUACUUGCCUCUUGCCGGCAUCUUUAGCAAUGCAGCCAUCCAUGCUGGCAACAAUUAUGGAUCACGCUCGUCGGUUUCAAAUUCUAUCUUGUCCUUUGCAUGUUGAAUCUCCGGGCACCCUGCGCGAGAGCGUCAUCGAGCCUCACCGUUGCGAAGUUCCCCUUCUUCCGCAGUGCUGUGUCGGCUGUCUGCAUGCGCAUCGCAAAGAAGUGUGGACGGUGGCAGUAGCUCCCAAGCAGUCAAACAGAAUGGAAACGCUUGUAGCUUCGGGGUCGGCGGAUCGGUCGGUCUGCGUGUGGUUGUUAACUACAGACACCUCAACAUGGAAUAAAAACUUUUCAGACGAAUUAAAUGCAACAGAACAGUUAUCUACCACUCAGCUGGGUGCUCGGUGGCUAACUACAUGGUUGGAAGGUGACACGGAUUUGCUGAUGCGGCUGGAGCAGACGCAAGCCCGACCGAUGCUGGAGAACGGAAAUGUCAUUGGCACUUGCAGGCUGCUGUGGCGGAUGCAGCGCCUUGGGAGUGCAGCAGCUUUCCUCGACUGGGACAGCACUGGAAAGCUUCUUGCUGCUGGAGGGGAGAAUUCAUUCAUUGAGGCUUGGGAAGAAGGCCGAAGGAUCGGCGAGUACUGUACCCACAGCGGCUCUCUCGUUGGGCUGCAGUGGGUACCCGGUUCUAGGAAAUUGAUUUCCAUGGCUACUGACCGGACCAUGACUCUAGUUUCUAUCCAAGAGUCAACUCUGAACACGACGCACGUCGUGGAAUAUGAAUGGAUUUUGCCUGGCAGGCCUCAAGAGGGGUUCUUGCUACCCGGUUCGAAUAAUAUGAUAAUCUUUUUCUCCGAUCGCCAAGUCAAGUUAUUUGACUUAGUCACGAAGGAAGAAGCUCCUUGGGAGAAUGGCAAGGAUCUUGUCAUUGCAGCGUGUCCCUCGAAAAUCUGCAACCAGAUAUUACUAAGCACAGCAAAUUCUCCUCCGGUAUUGCGGCUUUGGGACUUCGAUGAACGCAAAGUUGUGCAGAAGUACAGAGGGCACAAAGUGGGGAGGCUGGCCAUUCGUCCAGCCUUUGGCGGUGCCCACGAGGAACUUGUCAUAUCUGGCUCAGAGGGUCAAGAGAGCAUUGAAAGCUCCUCCAGCCGCCGCAGCCCAGAUUCGGACCCAGGACGACCCACGCCCGAUGAAAGCAGCGACUAG